ACAAAAUUAAAACUCGCUGAUAUACGUCACUACCCACCACCUUCAAACCUCCCCAUAGACUUGUGUAUAUAAUUUCAGCACUCCCCCCACUCUCUCCAUCACACUAUCACAACACUACUGCUCUAGAGAGAAGAGAAACUGAUCAGACUUCUGUAGUAGCUAGUCUUAGUUAGACAGAGAGACAGAGAGAGAUGGAAGGGAAGGAGGAAGAUGUAAGAGAAGGAGCAACCAAGUUUCCAGAGAGGCAGCCGUUAGGUACGGCGGCGCAGGGCGGCGGCGACAAGGACUACAUGGAGCCCCCGCCAGCGCCGCUGUUCGAACCGGGGGAGCUAACCUCGUGGUCGUUCUACAGAGCCGGAAUCGCGGAGUUUAUGGCGACUUUUCUGUUCCUCUACAUCACAGUUUUGACGGUGAUGGGCGUUGUUCAGGCACCGACCAAGUGCUCGACGGUCGGAAUUCAGGGUAUCGCUUGGGCCUUCGGUGGCAUGAUUUUUGCCCUUGUCUAUUGCACCGCCGGCAUCUCAGGGGGACACAUUAAUCCGGCGGUGACAUUUGGGCUACUAUUGGCAAGGAAACUAUCAUUGACGAGGGCACUUUUCUACAUGAUAAUGCAAUGCCUCGGAGCAAUUUGCGGAGCGGGUGUAGUAAAAGGGUUAGAGAAUAGUAGUCGGUACGAGCUACUCGGUGGUGGAGCCAACUCUGUAGCACAUGGGUACACCAAGGGCGAUGGCCUUGGUGCUGAAAUCAUGGGCACCUUCGUGCUAGUCUAUACAGUUUUCUCUGCCACUGAUGCCAAGCGUAGCGCCAGAGACUCCCACGUUCCUAUUUUGGCACCUUUGCCGAUUGGGUUUGCGGUGUUUUUGGUGCAUUUGGCAACUAUUCCAAUCACAGGGACCGGUAUUAACCCAGCUAGGAGUCUUGGUGCAGCAAUCAUCUACAACAAGAGCCAUGCUUGGAAUGACCACUGGAUUUUCUGGGUGGGACCUUUCAUCGGGGCAGCACUUGCAGCUCUAUACCAUCAAGUCGUGAUCAGAGCCAUUCCCUUCAAGUCCAAGUGAUCAUAGUCGUCUUCGGAGACCCAUUACCAGUGAUGUGGUGAUUUAUUUGCGAGCGUUUGUUUCUCUUGUUUGUUUUGUGUAUGUCCGUAUGUAAUGUAUGCGUUGGUGAGGUAUGUACUUCCAUAAAUGUAAUUUCUGGCGUGCUUUGAUUUGCUUUUGCCUACGCCAGUCCAAUGGCGUGCUUUGAUUUGCUUUUGCCUACGCCAGUCCAAGAUUGGAUGCCAAGUGGAUGGGCCCCAGUCAGAAGACGAUAGGCUGGCUGUUGCAUCUCAUUGUUAAAAAACGUGUGAUAUGUAUUUGGUCACAGCAGCAAUAAUUCACCGACCAAUUCACGAGCUC